AAAUAUAUAUUUUUACUUUACUAUCAUAUCAGCAAUUGAAAAAAAAAAAUUUGUAGACAAUUUUCGUCUCAUAGAAAUUUAUUAUAAACAGUUUUAAUUGUAUUACUACGAUAAACAUUUUUUAGCAGGCAAAAUCACAUACUUUAUUUUUUUAUUUAAGUUGAUGUUAAAAUUUUUUGCAAGAAAAUAUAAAUUUUUAUGUAAUUUAUUUUCGUUAUGUAAAAGUAGUACUAAAUAAAUCUAGCUUAAUCGAUAAGAAAAAUAGCAUUUUGUAAUUGGUCCAGUAAAUUUUAUGUAGAAUAGUGAAAGCAUCAAUUAUUUUAAAAAAAAAUUCAUUAAACACCAAAUAAAUUGAAAGAGAGAGAGAGUACUAUAUAGAAUGACCUGGAAGAAAAUUUAGUUUCAUUAAUCUUAUGUAUUCAAAGCCUCCAGUCCUUGAUAUAAAACACUAAUAACCCAUUGGUCAAUCACUAGUUUUUGCAGCGAGAUUCCAAAUCAUUCGUACACCAUUUUAUAAAGCAUAGCAAUUAGCAAUAAUGUAGAUUCAUAAUCGUAUGCAUAUGCUUACUUACAGACAGAUUUCGUGACAUCGGUUUAAUCGAAGGAAGGACACUUGGAUACCAAUAUUUUACUUUUGUGUUACUCGUCGUAUUGUGGCAGCGAAGUGUUGCAGGGAGGGGAUAGCGAUAUGGCAUAUAUACGCAACUGUUUUAACUUAUAUAUUCAUAGAAAUAUUCAGAAAUACAACUAUACAUUAGGUGUGACGUACAUACACUGACACACACUUCAGUUGUUCAUAGAUAACCAAAAAAAGAAUUUUGAAGUGGUCCGGUGCUGGUAGCAGCAGACUAUUAAUAACGUAAUAAUUUCAUUUGAAACUAGACCCCUCGAAAUCAUUAAAUUGUUACAAUUAAUGUUCUUUUGACAAAUGCAUGUAAUCAAUAAAUUUUUAGGAUCCUACCAAUGGAAACACACACACACACCAAGUAUGUUUUUCUCUGUUAGUAUUAUACUCUCUCCAUUCUUUAAAGAUACAUAUUCUAUAGGAAAAAAUUAUUCCUAAAAAAUUCAUUUUCUUCAUUUUCAAAGCAUGUUUUAUUAACUAAUUGCAAACUUCAAAAAUUUUAAUUGCACUAAUUGAUUUUUUAUUGGUUUAAAAUUGUGAAAAGAAGAUAAACAUAAAAGAUUAUGCAAAUUUAAUGUGUUUUAUUAAAAUGUGUGAAAAAACUAGAAUAUGGAUUUUUUAGGAACAAUAUUACAUAAAAAUCAAUUGUUGAAUGAAACUAUUGGUUUAACACCCAAGAGUUCAGGUUGUGUUUGUUAUUCUUUUUGUUAUUUUCAAGUAAUAGAAUAACAAAGUUAUGAGGAGCUAGCGAAAUGAAAGAACAAAAUAAAAACAGGAGAAGCAGAAAAAAUGGCAGCAGGAGAAAAUGCAUGGAAAGAGUCAAAGUGGGUAAGCUCUCUCAUACCUAACGUUCGCACACCAUUCUCAGCUAAACCAGCUUAAUCUCCAGUUUUCAUUUUCCGUAUGCAUCUGAUCACUGUCUCACAAGUGGCAAACUGUAUGAUGACAAGGAGACCAAGUCAAGCGAAUGUGAGAGAUCACAAGUCCAAAAAAAAAGUGUUUCUUCUUUGACGAUAGUUUAUAUACACACAAGAGUGUGUGUGUUCCUCCGGAUUUUCAGUUACUAUUGAGGUGAUCUACAAACAAACAAUUAUGUGUGUUUCAACAAUUUAGUGAUUAUUAAUCCUAGCAGAGAUUACUGGACCAUGAAUUAUUGGGUUUGUUUGUUCCAACUCGAAAACUAUGACGACGAUGUUGGAUCUUCCAGAGGAAUUGAUAGAUGAUAUUUUCUCUAGGGUUCCCUCAGAAUCUGUGAGAGCAGCACGAUCAACGUGCAAAGCUUGGAACGGUUUAUUUUAUUCGAUGUUUGCAAAGAAGAUGGAACAUAAUGUUAAAGUAACAUCGGAAGAAGCAAGGGAGUCAGGUGAGUCUAGGAUGAUCAUGAUAAUGGAUCAUAAUGUUUAUCUAAAGAGCAUUGUAGUCAACGAGAACCCAUCAAUAAAGCGUCUAGGUAAACUCACUUGUCUAACCCACGGACAAGUCAAGAUAUCUCAAGUCUUUCACUGCGAUGGUUUGUUACUAUGCAUCUUAAAAGAUGACAAGAGACUUUUGGUUUGGAACCCUUGUCUGGGACAAACAAGGUGGAUCGAAAAAGGACGACAUGCUGACGUACGUGCCAAGUACAAGUACGCUAUCGGGUACGGGUACGAGGAAGAUUCUUGUCGUCGACACUACAAAAUCUUGAGGUUUAUAGUUCCUAAAAUCCGAGAAGACUUUUUAAUGGGUUUAGAGGUAUAAAUUUGCGGCCGUGGUGUUUCUCUCAAAGGAAACACUUACUGGUGUGUUGCAGACCCACGAAGACAGAUCGCUCAUACGGUUUGUUUUGAUUUCACAAGAAUGAGAUUCGGAGGGCUUCAAAAUCUACCGUUCGCUCCUUAUCGGUUUAAACAACUCGUGAUUCUGUCUUGUGUGAGAGAUGAGAAGCUUUCGGUUUUACUUCAGUCUUGGGAAUCACUUGUGGUUGAUAUAUGGGUCAGUGAUAAGAUUGAUGAACAAAAGGUGUUGUGGAGCAAGUUCUUGAGAGUGUGUAUGUUCAGUACCUUUAUCAGUAAGAUCUCAGAUGGGGGUUUCUUUGUUGAAGAGGAGAAGAAACUCGCAAUGAUAUUGGAAAGUCUUCAGACAAAGAGUGUUGGCCACUUGUGUGCCCUUAUGUGCCAAGUUUCGUGCAGAUCAAGCCACCCAAAACUAGUUCAGAGAAGCGUCGAUAUGAUAAUAAGCGAAUCAGACACAAGGAUAAAUGAUCAUAUGAAGAAGAUUUUUAGUUUAUUUUCAAUCAGAAAGAACUGUACUAUAUAUGUCAGAGGAGAAGAAAGUUGCAAUUGGUUUUCAGUAAAGACUAAAGACAGAAAUGAAAGAUCAGACACAAUAAAAGUCUUUGGAGAGGAUGGAUAUUUUAGAGAAUUGGAUCUUGGAGAACCUUCUGACAAAGAGUGUUGGCCACUUGUGUGCCCUUAUGUUCCAAGUUUCGUGCAAAUCAAGACACACAAAAGUAGUUCAGAGAAGCGUCGAUAUGAUAAUAAGCGAAUCAAACACAAGAAUAAAUGAUCAUAUGAACAAGAUUUUUAGUUUAUUUUCAAACAGAGAACUAAUUAUGUAUGUUGUUUGAAGCCUUAUUUCUUCUUAUAAUGAAUUCGAUAAACUAAAAGAACGUUUCCAUUUUAUUUCGGUUUAAUUUUCUAGACUAUUUCGAAUUUGAGUGAUCAAAUGACUUUUUAAUGUUAAAAAAAAAUGAACUUUCACUCUUGGCUUUGCAUUAUAUUCAAUCUACACAAACUGAAAACAAGGAAAUGGAGCGAAGGAGUGUAGUUGAUGAUCCAACAAUAAUACAAAUAACAAAAGCUCUUUUAACGCUUGGAGAAUUGUGGUGCCUUACGAGCCUUCUUGAGCCCAACCUUCUUUCUUUCAACCACCCUCGCAUCUCUAGUGAGCAAACCUUCCUUCUUCAGAGGAGAUCUAUGGUCUGCACUUACCUUCAGGAGGG